AUGGACUUCAAAAGGGAUGGCAACUGGAAUAUAUCAUUCGCUGGUGCAGGCUUCCUGAGUCUCUACUACGUGGGUAUGACCCAGUGUCUGCAAGAGCAUGCCCCACGUCUCCUCCUGGGCACCAAGCGCUUCUAUGGCACCUCCUCUGGGGCCCUUCAUGCUGUAUUCUUGAUCUGUGGAAUGUCUGCAGACUUCUGCUCCUGCACUCUGGAACUAAGCAAGGUGGUCAAUAGACUGAGGCUGGGCAUCUUACACCCGGCCUAUACCCCCAUGGACCACUUCAAACAAAAAAUGCAAAGCUGUCUUCCAGACAAUAUCCACAUUCUGGCCUCCCAGCGAUUGGGCAUCUCACUGACCCGCUUAUCAGACGGCAAGAAUGUCAUAGUUACCAACUUCACCUCCCGAGAUGAGCUUAUCCAGGCCAUGGUCUGUGCCAUAUUCUUGCCAGUCUACAGCGGAGUGAUUCCCCCUGAAUUCAGAGGUAAGCGCUACAUCGAUGGUGCUCUGAGCAACAACCUACUCUUCAAGAAUGACAAGUCCACCAUCACCGUGUCCCCGUUCCCUGGGAAGCAGGACAUCUGUCCCCAGAUCCAGUUGGUCCACACGCACGAUCUGAACAUCUUCAAAAUUUGUAACAAGAAAUUAUUCAUGGCAUACCUGGCUCUUGUCCCCCCGAGUGUGGAGGUAGUGGCCGACAUCUGCAGACAAGGCUACCUGGACACCCUGAGAUACCUGGAGAAGCAGGGACUCACCAAGAAGCCGAUACUGUGUAGUCUGACAUCUAAGGCACCUCCAUCCCCUGCUGAAGGAGCCCAGGACUCUGGCUGCAACCAGGAAGGGAAGGCGGGCCUGACUCUCAACUGGGCGGUGCCAAAUGUGUUGGUCAAGGACGUGCCCAACUUUGAGCAGCUCUCGCCAGCACUGGAGGCUGCCCUGAGGAAGGCGUGCAUGAGGAAGCCCGGCCUCUGGGCACACUUUUGGCAGUCGGGCUCCGGGAAGGUGCUGACAUAUCUGCUGCUGCCCUGCACGUUUCCCGUGGAGUAUGUCUACUUCCAGUCCAAGAGGGUGGUGGCAUGGCUCCCUGAUGCACCGGCAGAUCUGCGCUGGAUGCAGGGACAGCUGAGGAGCUUAGCCCAUGUGCUGUACUCCAGGACAAAGACACAGCUCCUCAGGGCUGUCAGCUUCAAGUUCCAGUAA